GAUUUGGCGAAGGCGGUGACACCGUGCGUUGUCUGCUGGAUGCCAAGGCGGCAGACGUGGCGACUUUACUCAUCGAACGUGGAGCUGCAGUUAAUUUCUUGGGCUGCGACGGUAGAACGGCUCUGACGUUGGCCUGCGAGAACGGCGACGCGAAGAUUGCGAGCCUACUGCUUGGACGACGGGCCGACGGCGACAUCCUCGCCUCGGACGGCGCGUCUGCGUUGAUGUUGGCGUCCGGCUUGGGUCGCGUGGCAGUCGUGAGUCUGCUGCUCUGGUCUCGUGUUGAGACGUGGUCUUGGGAAUCUAAGGGCAUGACUGCGCUCAUGUUGGCAAGUAUCGGAGGCCAUCUGGAUGUCUUUCGUCAGUUACUUGACGCCGAGGACUAUGUUGGCGCCUGGGAUAACGGAGGCAUGACCGCGUUUCUGUUUGCUGCCAACAGGAGGCGUGCGUCCGAAAGAUUUGAGCACUGCGGCGUUUUUGGCAGCAGUGACCCGCCUUGUUUUCAUUUGGAUCACGCGCAGUGCGCCAAUCUGUUGCUCGGCCGUUCGGCUAAGAUUGAGGAGAAGGACAAUUACAACAGAACGGCCUUGGUGUUUGCGAGCGCGAACAAUGACAUGGAAAUGGUGCGUCUGCUUCUUCGGUUUGGAGCAAACGUGAACCGCGACUGCUUUUCUACUUCGACGCCCUUGAUGUCCAUGUCCUUUCUUGGUCACGCCAAGAUGGCCGGGCUGCUGCUGGAAGCUGCCGCUGAUGCCAAUCAACGCGACGCAGAAGGUCGCACGGCGUUGCAUUUCGCGGCUUUAAGUGGUCGCGUCGAAAUUGCGGCCUUGCUGCUUGUGGCUGGCGCGCGGAAAGGCUUUCCCUCGGCUGACUUCAUAGUGGCGCACACUGUGGCUCUGGUGAAUGGUCAUACAGAUCUUGCGCGCUUGCUGCUGUAG